GACAGAAUCCAGAGAGGAGCAGAACUCAACGUCAGACAUUAUGAGUGCUGGGUUUACUUUGUCAACCACCAGGAUGACUUUGCUGAGCUGUAUCGUCAUUCAGCUUCUCUGGGCUUUCUGUGCUAAGGGACAAGAAAUUACUUGUGAUCCUCCAGCAGUGACUAAUGGAACCUUCCAGCCCCAAAAGAGAGUGUUCAGAGAAGAUGAUGUAAUCAGAGUAGACUGCAAUCGUGGAUUUCACUUUGACACAGAUAACAGGGAAAAGACAGCAGAAUGUACAAAGAAUGGCUGGUUACCUAUUCCAAGAUGUAGCUUGAAAACUCUGUGACUACCCACAUAUAGAAAAUGGCAGAUUAACUGGCUAUUACAAAAACCACAGAGAAAAAGAUUUUCCAGUACGUUUAGGGGUGACAAUUUUCUACAGAUGUCUUGAUGGUUAUGUAUCUAAGAGUGAGAGCACCUGGAAUCUAAUCAGAUGUACUGCAGAUGGCUGGGACCCGAUACCAAAAUGUCUUAAAAAGUGUUCUCCCAUUUGGUUGGCAAAUGGUAGAUUCCUAAUUCUAUGGCAGAAAGUCUACAAAGAAGGUGAUGACAUUUCGUAUGUGUGUGAUCAUGAAUAUAUCCCUGAAAAUCAGCAAGCAAAAGCUACAUGCACAAAGAAUAACUGGAUGCCUGCUCCAAGAUGUAUCUUUAACCGGUUUCAGGGAAAGAUGGGACAGACUCUUCUCCCAAGAGAGCCAGAAGAUGUUUUCAGUCCCUUCCCAGGAUCACUGACCAGGAUAGAUGAUCCAUCACUUCUACCUGGAGCUGGUCCAUCUGGUUCACCACACACAGGAUCAUUAAGUCUGUCAGAAAUAUGUGGAAGGACAGAGGUACCUCAUGGUUAUUUCUAUGAAACAAAGAACAGGUUUGGUUUAAAUGAAAAAGCAACAUAUAGGUGUCAGAUUGGUUACAUGACUCCAGAAGGAAAUGAGACAGGGGAGAUACAAUGUCUUGAAGAAGGAUGGAGUCCUUUUCCAGAAUGCAUCAAGACAUGUAGGAUGCCUGCUUUUCAGUAUAUUCAUUUCUACACCAGUAAAAUGGUGUUUUUGCCUGAAGACAUACUGGAAUAUGAAUGUGCAGAUGGAUACAAAACUGUAAAUAAAAUGUCAAGGGGGCACACAAUAUGUAGCAUAAAUGGAUGGACUCCAGAGCCCCAAUGUUUUGCAAUAGAAUGUGAGAUGCUGAUGCUGCCCCAUGGAGAGGUUUUCCCCAAGAAGGACAAAUAUCUUAACGGAGAUGUUGUGACAUUUUCCUGUGCAAAACGUUACACCAGAGUAGGACCUGACUCUGCUCAGUGCUAUUACUUUGGAUGGUCCCCAGAACCUCCGACAUGUAAAGUGGAAAUCAAAGCUUGUGGGCCACCACCCAGCAUUACGAAUGGGAAUAUUAUCAGUGACCUUCACGAGAAAUAUCAGCAUGGUGACUCAGUGGAAUAUGACUGCAACCUCAGAUUUAAAAUGAUCGGAUCAAAGAGUAUAGAAUGUGUUGAUGGAGAAUGGUCAUCUUCACCCUUUUGCAUUGAAGAGGAAAAAACUUGUUUACCACCCCCCAAUAUUGUCAGAGGGAGUGUCUUCAGUGUAAACCAGAACCGAUAUUUUCAUGGUGAUUCUGUGGAGUAUGGCUGUGAAGGAAACCUUGAAAUUGUUGGGACAAAUAUCAUAAAAUGUCUUAGUGGAGAAUGGACAUCUUUACCUUCAUGUGCUGAUCCAUCUGUGAAAUGUGCACUGCCAAGGAAUCUUGAGAAUAUCAGAUUUUUAUCGGUUUACCAUUUUCAAAAGAGUUUCUAUCACAAAGAUGUUGUAAAAUACAGAUGUAAUUCAGAUGUCAAGAAACUUAAACAAACAGUCUGUGAAUAUGGGAAAUGGUCACCCAAGCCAGAAUGCGUUGAGAAUAAAAGAAAGUGCCCACCUCCCCCUCAGCUACCAGGAGCCUCCAAGAUAACAGAGAAAAGAAGCUAUGAGACUGGUGAAAAAAUAGCUUUUACGUGUCUGGAAAAUUUCAGGCUUCAUGGAGUGAAAGAAAUAAUGUGUGAAGAUGGAAAGUGGCAGUCACCACCACACUGUGUUGAAGAAAAAUCAUGUUUGCAACCAUAUCCCAUAGAAAAUGGUGAGAUUUUAAGUCUAGAAAAUCGAAGCUUAAGAAUGGAGAAACCGGGACCAGUGACUUAUCCAAAUGGUGCGACAUUAAAGUACAGCUGUAAUGCGGGCUUCAUGUUAAGAGGCGCAUCAGAGAUAACUUGUAAUAUGGAAAAAUGGACCUCACUGCCUGCCUGUAUUGAAAUGCCAUGCAGAGAGGUACCUGAUGUCCCCCAUGCUCAUGCUGAAGGUAGCAUAAAGACUAAUUAUGAACCUGGUGAAACAGUGCGUUAUCAGUGCCACCCAGGUUUUAUUGCUGUUGGACCACAGGAGGUAACAUGUAAAAGAGGGCAGUGGACCCAGCUACCGGAAUGCCAAGAUGCAACAUGUGGUGAUCCACCUGCAGUUGCCAAUGCUGAGAUCAUAGACCAUAGAGACAGAAGGUAUUGGCCUGCUGAAAGAGUGCAGUAUCAGUGUCAUGAAGGUUUUGAAAGUCAUGGGCCAAAUGAUGUCACCUGUAUAAAUAAGGAAUGGUCACAACCUCCAACUUGCGAAGAUAUGAUGUGUGGACCUCCACCUGCAGUUACUAAUGCUCAGAUUCUAGGGUAUGGAAACCAAAGGUAUUUACCUGGUGAGAGAGUGCGCUAUCGAUGUCAACAAGGGCUGAGCCUCAUUGGGUCACAGACAGUAACCUGUCAGAAGAAAAAAUGGUCAGAACCACCAGAAUGCAGAGAGGCUGGUGGAAAGUGUGGGCCUCCACCAAGAAUUGAUAAUGGAGACAUUAUUUCAUUCCCAUUAAAAGAAUAUGUACUAAAUUCAACAGUGGAAUACAAAUGCAAAAGUUUGCAUAUAUUGGAAGGACCUCAAGAUGUUAGAUGUGACUCCGGACAAUGGACAGACCCACCAGUUUGCUUAGAGCCUUGUACUGUAACCCCAGAGGAUAUGGAGAGGAACAAAAUACAGCUGAGACGGCCUUAUGAAAAAAAAUUCUAUGUGUUAUCAGGGGUCUUUGUUCAAUUUGUGUGUAGAUGGGGAUAUAAAUUGGAUCCAACAUCUUCUGGACUUAGGGUACAAUGUUUAGAGGGAAGUCUGGUAUACCCUAAAUGUAAACACAGGAAUAAGGGCUCUUGCCUCUUUCAGGGUGAAUUCAGUGCUGUUCAGAGGGCCAGCAUAAGGACAGGAUCCAGAGAAGAGCAUAACUCCAGGUCAGCUAUUACAAGUGCUGGGUGUACUUUAUCAAGCACCAACAUGACUUUGCUGAGCGGUAUCAUCAUUCAGAUACUGUGGGCUUUCUAUGCUAAGGGACAAGAGUCUGCUGGAAAGUGUGGGCACCCACCUGCUAUUGAUAAUGGAGACGUCCUGGUCUUCCUACAGAAAGAAUAUGACUCAGGUUCAAGAGUGGAAUACAAGUGCCAAAGUUUUUAUAGAAUGAAGGGAUCUGCCUUCGUUAGCUGUGAGUCUGGCCAAUGGACCGACCCACCGGUUUGCUUAGAGCCAUGUACAACAACCCCAGAAGAUAUGGAGAAAAACAAUAUUGGGCUGAAAUGGAGCUCGAAAACAAAAUUGUACAUAGAAAGUGGAAACUUUGUUGAAUUUGACUGUAAAAAUGGAUAUGUGAAAGAUCCAACAUCUUCUGCCUUUAGAGUACAGUGUGUGGAGGGGAAAAUGGCAUAUCCUAAAUGUAAGAGAAAAGAGUUAUGUAUAACAUUCCCAGAAGAUAUGGAGAAAAACAAUAUUGGGCUGAAAUGGAGCUCAAGAACAAGACUGAAUUUACAAAGUGGAGACUUUGUUGAAUUUGACUGUAAAAAUGGAUAUGUGAGAGAUCCAACAUCUUCUGCCUUUAGAGUACAGUGUGUGGAGGGGAAAUUGGCAUAUCCUAAGUGUAAGAAAAGAGAGCUAUGUACAACAUCCCCAGAAGAUAUGGAGAAAAACAAUAUUGGGCUGAAAUGGAGCUCGAAAACAAGUCUGAAUUUAGAAAGUGGAAACUUUGUUGAAUUUGACUGUAAACGGGGAUAUGAAAGGGAUCCAACAUCUUCUGCCUUUAGAGUACAGUGUGUGGAGGGGAAAUUGGCAUAUCCUAAAUGUAAGAGAAGAGGUACUUCAGAAUGAAUAAAAAGAAGCAUCGAGCAAAUAAUUUUAACCCAGAUCUGAGGAGCAGAAACCAUUAACCAGUUUUUGUAAUGUUCACACAUUAUGCCCUAUCAGUAUUUUAACCUAGAUUGUCUGAACUGAUACAUGUAAUUACUACUUUUGUCACAAUGUAUAUUAAACUAAUCAUAAAAUAGUAACAACAGAUGGGUGAAAAGUUCCAAACUACAGCUUUUUUAUGAAAAUUGGAAAAGGAAGCUGUAAGGGAAAUUGUACACUUGGCUGCACGUCCUGAAUUACACACUCCCUGCUUGUUGAAACAGAAAGCAGUAGUAUUCCUGAUUUGGGCCAGAAAGAAACUUCAAGAAUUCUCACAGGGAACCUUAAUCUUGGGAGGCUUGUAGCCCAAUUGCUACAUCUGGAGGUUUAUUUAUGGAUUGAGACCAUUUUGAGUUCCGCCCAUCCCUAUGAGCAGUUGGUCAUCGUUCUUUCAAAUGUUUUGGUCCAUGCAACCAAAAUAUUAUCCAGACCUCUAACACAGGUGUAUAGAAAAUAUUCACUUCUCUGAUGAAAAUUUAAACUUGUCUUAUUUUUUCUUUUUUUAAAAUUAAAGAGUUGUAUAUUUCAUUUAGCAAUUUUUAAAAAAAUCUGUUGUUUGAGCGUGUUUUUUAUUAACAACUCAACCUGAAGAAAAGAAAGAAAGAAUUUUAGGAGUUGUUGAAAAGCGGUGACAAAGAUGAAAGCCUGCAGCUCACUGAACAGCAACAUGAUGCAUGCAGUGGGUAGUGUGUGAACAAAUUAAAUAUUUUUACCUUCUAUCAUAUGCAACAAACUAGAAAUUAGAUGAGUGGUGUGACAGAGAUGAACUUAUCAGAAUCCACAUUUGUGAGAAUGACAAAUUAAUAAAGAGAAAGUGAACAUUGA